AUGACAGUUGACCCAGCUGCUGAUGAAAUAUAUCGUUAUAACAGCCAAGAACAAGAACAAAUAAAUCAUGACAAACCAUGGACAAGAGAUAAAGAUCUCAGCAGUGGCCCUUAUAAAAAUGGUAAAAAAAAUAGUUAUUUGUUUUAUAAAGUUCAAGGAAAUAUUGAAGUAAUGGGUCUAAUGCAAGGAAAAAUUAGUGGCGAUACUAUAAUUAUCAUGGAUGCUUUUGCAUUACCUGUUGAAGGUACCGAAACUAGAGUGAAUGCUCAAGCUGAAGCUUAUGAAUAUAUGGUUCAAUACCUAAUGACUAUAAAACAGGUUGGAAGGGCAGAAAAUAUUGUAGGAUGGUAUCAUAGUCAUCCAGGUUAUGGCUGCUGGCUUUCUGGUAUUGACGUAAACACACAAAUGACAAAUCAACAAUAUCAAGAUCCAUUUGUUGCUGUUGUGAUUGAUCCUAAUCGUACAAUAUCUGCAGGAAAGGUUGAAAUUGGUGCAUUUAGAACCUACCCACAAGGUUAUAAAGCUCCAGAUGAUGGUCCAUCUGAAUAUCAAACCAUUCCCUUGAGUAAAAUUGAAGAUUUUGGUGUUCAUUGUAAACAAUAUUAUCAGCUUGAAAUUUCACAUUUUAAGUCUACAUUAGAUACAUAUUUAUUAGAAUUACUUUGGAACAAGUAUUGGGUCAAUACAUUGUCACAAUCUCCUUUAAUCACGAAUAGAGAGUAUUCAGCAGGCCAAAUAUAUGACCUUGCUGAAAAAUUAGAUCAAACUGAAACACAAAUACAACAAAAUGGAAGAGUUUCUGCUGCAGCUUCUUCCUCUUCUAGCAGUAAUAGUAACAAUAAUACCAACAAUACAUCAUCUGCUACUGAAAAAAAGAAAAAGGAAGAAACUCCGCUUGGAAAGAUUACUAGAGAUAGUACCAAAAUUACUGUUGAAGCAGCUCAUGGAUUAAUUUCUCAAGUUUUAAAAAAUGUUUUAUUCAAUCAAACAUACAAUAACAAUGAUGAUGAUAAAGGUGAUGAAAUGGAAAUUCCAUCCUGA